CUAAUGGAUAAUGGAGAUAAAGUGGGUUCCACAGAAUUGCAUCUGAAUUUUGUCCUUUGCUUGAAUUUGCAGGUGCCCUCCAUGUGGUCAGCAAAGUCCUAUCCAUCACUGAAACUUCUGGGCAGCUACAUCACUGACCUCCUCUCCAGAAUUCAGUUCUUUCAGACCUGGAUUCAUAAAGGAACCCCAGUUGUUUUCUGGAUCUCUGGAUUUUACUUCACUCAGAGCUUCCUGACAGGUGCUAUCCAGAACUAUGCACGGAAAUAUCGAAUCCCAAUAGAUCAUCUGGGCUUCCAGUUCGAAAUGACUGACCAGGAUCAUGACAUGCCAGCUCCACCGGUUGAUGGAGUUUAUGUUAAUGGUCUUUACAUGGAGGGUGCGAAAUGGGAUCGGAAGAAACACAAGAUUGGAGAAUCACUUUCCAAAGUUCUCUAUGACAAUCUACCAAUUAUAUGGCUCAAGCCAGGUGAAAAAUUAUCAUUUAAAGAAGAAUCUGUUUAUGGAUGUCCAGUUUACAAGACAAGUGUUCGAAGAGGGAUUCUCUCCACCACCGGUCAUUCCACCAACUAUGUCCUGACAAUUGAGUUCCCAUCAGAACAGCCUCAAAAUCACUGGGUCAUCAGAGGAGUGGCCUGCCUGUGUCAGCUCGAUUACUGAUGACUCUGUACAUCCCUGAAGAAAGAGCACUCAGGCAUUUAUGCUGCAGCAUGCAGUUAAUGAACAGCUCCUACCUGCUGUGGGAUCAGGACUGUGUGUACAUUAAUCCUUAAUUGCUGUGUUUAGAAUAUUUGUAUAGAACGGUUUAACUUUUUAAUUGCGUGGUUGUACAUUUCCAAAUGUAUAAUACUCACUACUAUCCCAGUGUGAAAGAAAUGAUUGAAAUCUCCAUAAUUUUGAUUGUACUAUUUCACCACUGUUUCUAUGCUGGAGUCUGAUGCUUCGUACAUUCACCUCCUGUCUCACUACAUUCUUUAGUUAAAUAUGCCUGUCCAAGAGACAUCACUGAUGACGAUGGACUGUAUUCAUCCUGCUGGGCACGAUAGUAUUCUGCCCAUUCUCAUUAAUGGAGAAACACGACUGAAUAGAAUCUUUGUAACCUGUUUAUGUUUCAUUCAGCAAUGGGCAAGAUAACCAAUGAUAACCAGUGAAACAUUUUGCAGUUACAAUGUGUCAGUAA